GAUUAAAGAAGCUGUUAUUCAAUAUGCCGUGCUUCCAAAUACACUUUGGACACACACCAGCACAAUGGCCGUCCCCGUGCAGCUAUUUGUGCUCGUUGUUAUAUUUGGAUUCAUCACAGCUACACAGGGCUACGAUUAUGACCUGAUGCCAAAGCCGAAGGAAUGCAGGAACAGGAUAGGGGAGAAGAAAUGUGAAGGACUUCUUAAUAACAAAUACAAAGGAAAACUUUACGACAUGUGUUUCGGCUAUUCCGGAAUGGACGACUGUUGUCAAUUUUGCGUCCAACGGCUCGCUUGUGAAAAUGGCAUCGGAAAUAAGGAUGAUCUUAUUAAUCUGAAGAUAAAGUAUAUGUACCUGACGGUCGAAUGUAAGGAUACAAUGAAAUAUUCUCAGUGUGUUGAUAUUCAUAACAACGUAUACAAAAAAGAUAUAAAGGCUAUGUGUAAAGAUAAAAAGUAUGCUGGAAUGUGUUGUACAUUCUGCAAAUACGGAGUGGGGAAGGAUUGGAACCAUCUCUUGAUUGACGAAUGGAUGAAACACCCUUAUAAGGCAAUCGAAAAUAUCUUCGGUGGUUAUGGCGGGUACGGCGGGUACGGCGGUAAUGGCAAAAACGGUAAAUAUGAUGACGGCAAAAAAGAUAUGCUCGGCGGAUUUGGCUAUGACGGUUAUGAUGAUAAAGUUGAUGAUUACAUGAAGGAUAUGUUCGAUAGCUUUGACUAUGCUGACAAAGACGGCAAAGGCGAUUACGAUACAAGAAAGGAUAUGCUUGGCUACGGUGGCUAUGAUGGUAAAGUCGAUGAUUAUGUAAAGGAUAUGCUCAAUGGAUUUGGCUAUGGUGGCAAAGACGGCAAAGGCGAUUAUGGUGACAAGGAUGACAAAUACGAUUAUGAUAUCAAAAAGGAUAUGCUUGGCUACGGUGGCUAUGGGGACAAAGUCUAUGGUUAUAUAAAGGAUAUGUUCGGUGGAUAUGGCUACGGUGGCAAAGACGGUAAAGGCGAUUAUGGCAACAAAAACGGCAAAGGCGAUUAUGGCAACAAAAACGGCAAAGGCGAUUAUGGCAACAAAAACGGCAAAGGCGAUUAUGGCAACAAAAACGGCAAAGGCGAUUAUGGCAACAAAAACGGCAAAGGCGAUUAUGGCAACAAAAACGGCAAAGGCGAUUAUGGCAACAAAAAUGGCAAAGGCGAUUAUGGCAACAAAAAUGGCAAAGGCGAUUAUGGCGACAUUGAUAUAAAGAAGUUGCUCGAUGGAUUUCGCUAUGGUGGCAAAGACAGGAAAAGUGAUGAUUAUAUAAAGAAGGUGCUUGAUGGACUUGGCAUAGGUAACUUCAAUGGUUUUAACGAUGAUGAUUACUAUGAUAAGUUCAUAAACAAUGGUAACAAGGGUUCUGGAUAUAAGGGCAGUAAGAAAGAUUAUCUUCGAAGGAAACUGACAUCAAAUGGUGUAAGAGACACCAUCAAAAUGGACAAUUCUCCUCUUCGUAAGAGACGCGAUGUCGACAGCGACGAAAAGUGUAGGGAUAGUAUCGGAGAAGAAAAUUGCCGCAAAAUGAUGAUGAAUAAAUACUACGACCACGGAGGAAUGCCCCAUAUUUUCUGUUCGAAUCCCCACAACGUGGUGUCUUGUUGCCGUUUUUGCUCUACUGCUUUAGCUGAAGGAGCCGACAACAGGAAACUAAGGGAACUAGCGUUCCAGGGUAAAGGCGAAUAUCCAGAGGAUGAGGAAUCAGAACCCUGCGAAGGGGACAGCUUAUCCCCAGGCAAGUGCAACCAAAUCGUCUACUCGAUGUUCAAGGGGAGUAGAAAAGCUAUGUGUGCAACUAUCCAUUAUGGAAAUGUCUGCUGUCAUUCAUGCAGAAGAUACGCAACGCUGUAGGACAGCAAGUUCUCCAUGUCAACGUUACUGUUCCGAUGACGACCAAAGGAUUCUAAUCUAAUGCAUUGUUCAAGAUUGGAAAUAAAACAUGUAGUGCAUUGGAAAUA